GUUUUCUUUUGCUUGCCCCUGGUUUUGAUCAUUUCUCUCUUUUUAUUUAUUUAUUUUGUUUGCUUCAAAUAUCAAAAAAAAAAAAAAAAAUGGAGUCAAUACCUUUUGAUAUUGUUCAUUGUUCUUCAUUUGAGUCAGGUUAUGAACCUGAACAAUUAAUUUUAACACAAGAAGAAGGACAACCAAAAUUAUUAUUUCAAGAUAUAGGUGAAAGAAAAGGAUGGCAAACUAAAAAGUAUACAGAAUACCCGCAAGACUUAAUUUUACAACUACAAUCAGGCUUGUGCCAUCUUUCAAAAGUGGAAAUUUUAUCUCAUCAUUAUAAAAUAGCUUCUCAAAUAGAGUUAUAUACUGGUAUCACCAAAGAUCAAGAAGAAGAUUCAACUUUUAUACAAUUUACAAGACUAGGCUUUGUCAACCUAGUGAAUAAUCAGCGUUGUCAAGGUCGGGAAUUGAAGACAAUCCAAAUUCAAGCGGAAGCCGAAUAUAUUCGCCUAGUGAUCAAAGGUUGCCACGAGAACAAAUUAAACACGCAUCAGCAAGUUGGAUUCAUCGCUUUAAAUAUUGUAGGACAACCUAUUAUGAAUACAGCUUUUCAAUAUGAACAAUUGAAACAAGACCACCUAUCAUUAGAAGCUCAUCCAAACAUAACAAUAGGAGUAGGUAUAUCUACUGAUCUGGAAUUAUUAAAACAUUGGAUUCAUGUUAUUCAAAAUGCUGAAGAUGAGUCUGCACAAGAGGAAGAUUAUAAAGAAGCAAAAAUUUAUAAGGAAAUAGGAGACCAAUUAGCACAUUUAUGGAGAUUUUUAUUCAACUUAGAACAGGAUAAGCUGCAAGCAGUAGCUACAAAAGAUUAUGAUGAAGCUGAUAAAAUAAAGGCUGAUAUAAUUCAAGUUAAAAGAACAGCCGAAUCUAUUUUGCAACAAGCUGGUAUACAAAUUACAAGUGAGGGCGAUAUUUUACCAUAUGAUGAUAUCAUUAGUACUGACCAGGAAAAUAAUAAAGAAGAGAAUCAAGUAGAAUAUAAUGGCAAUGAAGAUAAUGAUCAAAGGCAUGAUAUUAGAACAGAAUCAUCUACAAUAGAAGCGAAUCCAGAUCAGCAUCAUAGCGUCAUCACUAAUCCAAAAUAUAAUACCGACAAUCAUGAAUUAUUAGAUGAAGCUAUUGCAAAUUGGACAAGUUUUGAUGCUCUUUCAAUUCAAGAUGAGAAUAAUAAAGUAGAGCAGCAUUCACCUUUAUUAUUACCUAAAAGUAAAACAUCCCAACAAGCUACUAUUAAUAGUAAUAAGAAUGAUUUAUCUAAAGCAGUGAAAAAUAACAGUAAAAAAUCAAAGCAACAACUAAAUAAGAGUCGACAUUCUGAUAUGAUAACGCCUGAGCCUUUAUCAACAGACGAUCGAGAAGCAUGCCAGCUAUCUAUAUCAUUGUUUGGGGAAGACUUAGUUGCCUGUAUCAUGAGUGUAAAGACCAGAUGUCGACAAAAAGGUUUAAAUGAACUAUUAUUACAUAUUCAAGAAAAUCGAACUCAAAAUGAUGUGACAUUCAUUCAUGCAUGCCUUAUUUUAAUUCAAGAAGUUACUAUGGACUCUAGAGAAACUAUUUUUAAUCAAGCAAUGGUUGCAUGGAAAGAUAUUUUUGAAAUAUGUCAGAGAAUAAUUGCUGAAGAAAAUAGUGAAAAUAGGAAUAUAUUAUAUCCUUGGAUAGAAAAAUUUUUUUCAAGAGUAUUGGUGCGUACUAAUGACACAAAUUCCGGUAUUCGACAGUCUUCCACACAAGUUAUUCUUGAUCUUCUUCAAUUAUACGACUUAUCAUUAAUUCUUCUUUGUGUGAAUAAAGAUAGAAAUACGAUUAUUCGUAGCAUAAAAGAUAGUAAAGCACGGAUAGCCUUGAUAACUACAAUCACUAAAAAAGUAUUAAUACUUCAAUGGAGUAACAAAAAGAAUAAUAGGGUCUAUUGCCAGGAACUGAUCAUGUUUAUAACUUCUUAUCUAAAGCAUCAUUCUCAUACUGAAGUUCGCAAGUCUGCAUGGAAACUUUUGGUUAUUAUUGCUCAACAUCAAGAUACAGAAGGUGUCAAAUAUAUUUGCAGCUUUUUAGAUAGUGAUAUGAUAAAAAUGCUUCAACAAGAACUUAAACAGGAAAAGAAAAAGAAAAAAUUAUUAUCAUCUUCUAAUUCAGCUACAGUACAGGGACUGAAAGUUUCCACUGAUAAAUCCAAAAAUAACGGUUCUACAAUAGCAAAAAAAUCAACAAAACAAGCAAAGCCUAGCAAUGAAAAACGAGUUCAGAAUAAUAUGAAUUCUUCAGGAACAACAAAGGAAAUGAAGAAGAAUAAGACUAAACAACAGCAAGAAGAGCAAGAAGAAAAAACGAAUGUGUGCAUUUUCUGUGAUGAAGUUAAUAAUAACUUCAAUGAAGAUACCCUUAUUUCACAUUAUUAUAAUCAUUGUCCAGUGCUCACCAAUUGUUCCAUGUGUCAAAUAAUUUUAGAAGUAUCUACGCUAAAAGAACAUUUUCAAAAUGAUUGCGAAAGAAAACAUUUAGUGAAACAAUGCAAUAAUUGUAAACAAUUUAUUCCUGUUGAACAAUGGUUACAGCAUACUCUUAAAAAUAUUUGUCCUGAUAUUAUAGUGACUUCAGAUAAUCAAUCAAGAUGUGCAUACUGUCAAUUGGAUAUGACAGAUUCAACGGAAACAGAUUGGAAAAUACAUUUAAUUAAUGAAUGUCCUAAAAAUCUAAGAAGAAACUAA